CAUGGGCAGAAAAAAAAAUGGCCAGCACUCUGACCCGCGUUCUUCCCCGUCUCGUCUCUUCCCUGCACACCACGCCCAUCCUCAGCCGCCCACGCCCUCACACGGCCCUCGCCAGAACCAUCACCAGCUUCCACGGCCUGCAGGGUCUCGCACAGCCAUGGCGGGUACCGACGGAAGAGGCUCCUGAGCUGGUGGAGAGCGGGGAACUGGCGCUGCACUUGGAGGCCCUCCAGCGCUGGCACGACGAGGCCGAGCUCCUAAGGGAGGUGCGAGUCCUUCCUCCGGGCGUUGACGACCAGAUCAACCUCGAGGCAGAGACUCGAGGCCAAGUCAAGGACCUGAUGGAGAGUCUGAUUGAGGAGGAAAUCCUGGACAUCCGUCGGGGUUGGGUCCUCGCCUCCAACUUUUAAGGCCUUCCGUGAUUCCAUUCCCGACGCCAGUGUUCCAUGUCAGUGAACUUACUUCGACCUUGACUGUUCACUCUCAGGAAGGAAGCUGAACACAGCAUGCUGUUCAGGCGACACCAAGGGCUCUCCCUUGAAGCCCCCGGCCACGAGCGACGACCGAAGCCAAGCGCCUUCCACCUCGACGACGAAGGCGCUGUCACGGUGGACGAGGAUUCACUUCCUGGUCUCGCCUCUCCUGCCUGUCUCGCCUUAAAUGCGUAAUUUUAAGAUA